AAGAUGUUUCCACAAUCGGGGAAAUCCAUUGCCUUUGACAGUUUUCCUGAUCCGUCGGACACCUGGGAAAUCAUUGAGACCAUCGGAAAAGGCACGUAUGGCAAAGUCUACAAAGUACUGAACAAAGUCAACGGUAGUAAGGCAGCCGUCAAAAUACUGGACCCAGUUCAUGAUAUUGAUGAGGAGAUAGAGGCAGAGUAUUGCAUCUUGAAGGCACUGUCCGACCAUCCGAACGUGGUGAGGUUCUACGGGAUGUUCUACAAGAAAGAUGUCAAACAUGGGGACCAGCUGUGGCUGGUUCUGGAGCUGUGCAGCGGUGGCUCUGUGACAGAUCUGGCCAAGGGGACGCUGAGGAGAGGAGACCGCAUGGAGGAACGCAUCAUCGCAUACAUCCUGCGUGAGGCCCUCAUGGGUCUGCAGCACCUGCAUGAGCAUAAAACCAUCCACCGCGAUGUCAAAGGUAACAACAUUCUCCUCACCACUCAAGGGGGGAUCAAGCUCGUUGACUUUGGAGUGUCUGCCCAGCUGACAAACACCCGACCACACAGAAACACGUCGGUUGGCACGCCAUUCUGGAUGGCUCCUGAGGUCGUAGCAUGCGAACAGCAGCUAGACUCCACCUACGACGCUCGCUGUGACAUCUGGUCUCUGGGCAUCACUGCCAUCGAGCUGGGUGAUGGAGACCCGCCCCUAGCAGACCUCCACCCAAUGAGGGCUCUCUUUAAAAUCCCAAGAAACCCUCCUCCAACUCUCCAGCAACCAGAGAUCUGGUCAGAUCAGUUUAAUGAUUUCAUCUGCAAGUGUCUGAUAAAGGACUACGAGCUGCGUCCGAACGUGCAUGACCUCCUCCAGCAUGUGUUCUUCAGCCAGGUCAAAGGCUACGAGGAAAACCUGCAGAAAGUUCUCAGGGAUCUCAUUGACUUCAACCAGCAGAUGGGCAUCGUGGAGAAGAUCAGCCAGCGUCGAAAGGCUGAGAGGAGAGACGUGAAUGACAGGCAUGAGAGGAUUCACACUAAAAAAGGCAGCAACAUGAAGUCCCAGAGCCAGGUGCUGGAAGAUGUGGAGGAUCUGGCAACCCUGGAAGUACUCGAUCAAAAUACAGUCACGGCGCAGCUGCAGAGACGCUAUGCAAAGGACCACAUCUACACAUACGUGGGGGACGUCCUCGUCGCAGUCAACCCUUUCUACAAGAUGGAUCUGUAUUCUCAGGAGCACUCACAGAUGUACAUUGGCACCAAGCGCGUGGCUAACCCUCCUCACAUCUUCGCAGUGGCCGACAGUGCAUACCAGGCCAUGGUGUCUUACUGUGCCGAUCAGUGCGUCGUGAUCAGCGGGGAGAGUGGAGCAGGGAAGACGGAAAGUGCCCACCUGCUGGUGCAGCAGCUCACGGCUCUCGGCAAGGCAAAUAACCGGACUCUCCAAGAGAAGAUUCUGCUUGUGAACGGCCUCGUGGAGGCCUUUGGCAAUGCCUGCACGGUCAUCAAUGAUAACUCCAGCCGCUUUGGGAAGUACCUGGAGAUGAAGUUCGCGUGUGGGGGGACGGUAGUGGGUGCUCAGAUCUCGGAGUACCUGCUGGAGAAGUCACGCGUGGUGCACCAGGCGGCUGGAGAGCGUAAUUUCCACAUUUUCUACUACAUCUACGCUGGCCUGGCAGAGAGAAAGAAACUUGCCCACUACAAGCUGUCUGAAAAUAAAACUCCAAGGUACCUGCAGAACGACGAAGCCCUCAAGCCCGUAGCCCACAUCGUGGGCAGCACAGCGUACAGGGAGCAGUUUGAGGCAGUGGAGCAGUGUUUUAAAGUGAUUGGUUUCACCCUCGAGGAACUGGGGAGUGUGUAUAGCAUUCUGGCAGCCAUCUUAAAUGCUGGUGACAUUGAAUUCACCUCAGUGGCUUCAGAGCAUCAAACUGACAAGAGCCACGUUACUAACAUGCCUAUGCUGGAAAGCGCUGCUUCACUGCUGUGUAUCCAUCCAGAUGAGCUGCAGGAGGCGCUGACCUCUCACUGCGUGGUGACUCGGGGCGAGACCAUCGUCCGUCCCAACACUGUCGAGAAAGCCUCGGAGGUGCGGGAUGCCAUGGGCAAGGCCCUCUAUGGACGCCUCUUCAGCUGGAUAGUGAACCGUAUCAACUCCCUGUUGAGACCAGACAGCCACCCUGGGGGGGAAAACAAGGACCUGAACGUUGGCAUCCUGGACAUCUUCGGCUUCGAGAACUUCAAGCGGAAUUCUUUUGAGCAGCUCUGUAUUAACAUUGCCAACGAGCAGAUUCAGUUCUACUUCAUCCAGCAUAUGUUCGCCUGGGAACAGGAUGAGUACCUGAAUGAGAACAUAGAUGCCCGUCUCAUCGAGUAUGAGGACAACCGUCCACUUCUGGACCUCUUCCUACAGAAGCCCGUGGGUAUGCUGGCACUGCUGGACGAGGAGAGCAGAUUCCCCCAGGCCACUGACCAGACCCUUGUUGAAAAAUUUGAGGACAAUCUGAAGUCUAAAAGUUUCUGGAGACCAAAGAGGGUUGAUCUUGUGUUUGGAAUCACUCACUAUGCUGGAAAGGUAAUCUAUAAUGCCACCGGCUUCCUGGCCAAGAACCGGGACACUCUGGCUGCCGACAUCGUCCUGCUCCUGAGGUCCUCGGAGAAUGACCUUGUCCGUAGACUUGUGACCCACCCACUCACCAAAACGGGUAAUCUGGCUCACACCAAGGGCAAGUUACCCGGGCCAGGCCAUCUGGGAACACGUACAUCUCAGCACAGCAUGAAGGUCUCCAAGGGGGACAGUGGAAUUGGGAGCGUACGACACCCGAGAGAGACCACUAACAUGAGGACUCAGACCGUAGCCUCCUACUUCAGAUACUCGUUGAUGGACCUGCUCUCUAAGAUGGCAGCAGGACAGCCCCACUUUGUGCGCUGUAUCAAACCCAACAAUGAUCGCCAGGCCCAUAAGUUCGACAAGGAGAAGGUUCUGAUCCAACUCUGCUAUACGGGCGUUCUGGAGACUGCCAAGAUCCGCCAGCAGGGCUACUCUCACCGGAUCCUCUUUGGAAACUUCAUCAAGAGGUACUACAUCCUGGCAUUUCCAGCAAACAAGGAGCCGGCUGUGAGCCCUGAGACAUGCAUGGCUGUUCUGGAGAAGGCAAAGCUGGAAAACUGGGUUCUAGGGAAAACCAAGGUCUUUCUGAAGUACUACCACAUGGAGCAACUGAACCUGAUGAUCAGACAGACCCUGGUCUGGACCAUUCAGGUGCAGGCGUGCGUGCGGGGCUGGCUGGCCUUCCGACGCUUCCAGAAGGUUCUGGAGAAAAGAGAGCAAAGCGCUGUGGUACUGCAGUCGGCAUACAGAGGACACAAAGUGAGAAGACAGGUUGCCGAUGAUAAAAGCAAAGCCAAGACGGAAAUCACCUUGAUCCAGUUUCAAGCUGGGUGCCGAGGCUAUCUGGCAAGGAAACGGUACCAGGAGUUACUGGACGAGAAGAAGACAGCAGUGGUCCGGAUCCAGGCACCAUACAGUGGACAAAGAGAGAAGACUUUCAAAGAGAAGAAGGAAGCCGCACAAAAGGAGAAAGGAGCGGAACGGGGAGACGUAAGGGAGGAGACGUCGCCAAGGGCAGGGGAGGACGGGCACCAGGAAUGGAACAAGAAGCUGGCUAUAGACAAGCUUGGCAGUCCUUCGACAGGCCCCGGAGAAAAUUCCGAGGUACUUGGCGUCCAGGCUGAGGAAGAGCUGGAAGGAAAAGCAGUGGAGGAAGGAGACUCGGAGCAAGAGUCGAAAGCCGCCACUGUCCUCCAGAGCAACUUCCGAGGGCACAAAGAACGCAAGAGGCUCCAGGAAGAAGGAAAGCUUCCAACCCGGGAGAACAGGGCCACCUGUUCCCCAUCGGAAGAAACGGAGUCGGCUCUGGUGUGCUCAGUGGUGGAGGAGCCGGCGGAGAUGGGGGAGGGGCCUACUGGGGAGGGUGUGGGGGAGGGGGACGAGGACCAAGCAGCCAGCUUCCUGCAGAGCAACUUCCGAGGCCACAGAGAGAGGAAGCAGCUCCGAGCGCAGCAAGAAGGAAACAGGGAGAGGGAGGAAGACCUGGACAUCACGGACAUCCAGGCCAAGGAUGAGGAGGGGCGCGACGAAGAGCAAGCGGCUCUGAAGAUCCAGAGCAACUUCAGAGGGUACAAGGGCAGGAAGAACCUUAAGGACACAACACGCAGAGAGGAAGAGGAAGUAGAGAGGUUUUCCCAACAGAUAAGCAGCCUCUCUGAGGACUACCUGGCACUGCAGAUGAAGCUGAAUGCCAUAAUACAGGCGCGCCAGAUCGACCCCACCUGCAACGGCGUGUUUGUAAACGGGCUGGCCCUGAGCGCUCGCGCGGGCCCCCGGCUGCAGCAGUCAGCUGAUACAAAACAACCACGGACACCUCGCCGAUCCCAGAAGCCAAAGACGCUGAACACACCGGAGGACUCAACCUACUACAACAUCAUCCAUCGGUCCGUAAAAGACGGCAAGAAGAGACUACGGAAACAGAGUCCAAAGAAGCUCCUGGACAUGGAUGAUGACUACUACCAGGCUCUGAGCAGCAGCGAUUCCGCAAGCUGCCUGCCAGGCAAGACACGGGCGUCUGCUGAGCUGGGGGUCCCUGGAGACAGGAGGCGGUCCACAGAGAGAACCCUGUCUGACGUCCCAAGGACAGACAACCCCAAGCCCUUGAAAGAAAACAGACACUCUUUUCCCAGAAUACCCUCUACAGAGAGCCAAAGCGAGGACAACCCGUACGACUACAGGAAGCUGCUGAGAAAGACCUCGCAGCGAGGACGGCUGAUCAAGCAACACUAGACUCGCUGACCUCUCGCUGCACACCGCACUGGCCGAGGCUGGCCUGAUGCGCUGCCUGAUACAAGCAGCAUGGACAUUGUCUUGUCAUUACGCACCUUUUUUUAAGGUUAUUAAAAGCUUCAAAUGUUAAAUCGUAAAAGCAUGUCUGUAUAACUAUGUGGAUUUUUAUCAGAUUCGCAAUCCCUCUUGGCAGUGGGUGCUUCUGUCUCACGGGGCGUGAGGCGCCAGACUGUAGAUAUCGAAGCCCUUUCAGAGUUACCAGCACCGAAAGAGUGGACACUACAUGGUUAGAAUCGUCAAAACUUUGCUACAUUUUAUCUACCUACCAAACUCCAGUUUAGCUUGAAACAAGUCUGGAUACAGCAGAAGUGCAAAUCUCCCAAAUCUGCUACUCCCAAAUCUUCACAAACCCCUAAAGGUCCUCUAAAUGAGACCAGCCAUCUGGAUGGCUGUGUGACCCCUCAGCCAGCAACACAGCCACUAAGAGUGUAUUCUCAUGUCUGAUGGGUACUGCACAUUCAGCGUCCUCUCGUACACUAAACAGUUUUGGUUUUCAUCCCCUGUUAUUCUCUUAAAGGGCAGUUAACAAGUGUUCUUUACUUUGAAUAAUUUUCAAAUAACAUGUUUACAUACAGGCACAGAAAUAAUGCAAAUUUCAAUAUGACUAAAUAUAUUCAGUGCUAUUACUGGAUAAAUUAUUACAAAAAAGAAAUAUUAUUGUAUAUAUAUUCCAGUGUAUAACCGUCGAAGAGAUAUUGUUAUAUAUUGUUCCGACUAUAUCCUCUCCGGUUUUUUUCAGAAUUAUGUCACUUGUAAUUUUCAUCAGUUUUUGGUGUGUGUAUAUUGUUUCUGUUU